AGUGAGGCCAUUGCUUUCUUGUUCCUUCUUGUUGCUUGUGUUCGAUUCCCUCUUUUUUGUUGUAGUCUUUUUUGAACACAAAAGAAACAGCCGUCGAUUGCUAGCCACGCUUUGCAGCUUACAGCGUUUCGCCAACCUCUGAUAUCCCUGGAUCUCUCCUAACCGAAUCCACCAUGAGCUACGGAUACGGUGGGAAUCAAAACCCGUACGACCAACGGAACGACAACUAUGGCGGCGGCGGUUAUGAAAACCCCCCUCCUAGCUAUAACAAUACCCCCUAUGGCUCUGGUGGCCGUGGUUACGCCCCAAAUGGAGGCUCAGCAGUCGAGAUGGCUCCUCUAACGCAGAAUGCCGGCUCAAUGGCCCGCGAAGACCCCAAUGCGAUCCGUAACGAGUGCCGCGACAUCAGCAACAGUGUUCGCCAAGUCGAGAGCAGCCUGGAACAGAUCAAGGUGCUCCAAUCCCGAGUUCUCAGCGAUGUCGACAGCUCCUCGUCCAGCCAGUCCAACCGUCAGCUGGAUGCCCUGACAACCGAGACCACGGCUACCUACCGCUCUCUUGUUGAGCGUGUCAGGACUGUCAAAUCCAAGCCCGAGGGCCGAAGCGCCAUGAACAGCAGCCAUGUAGACCGAGUCGAUCGAGAGGUCAAGGCCGUCAUCACCAAAUACCAGACUGUCGAAUCCGAGUUCCAGGCCGCCGUUAAGCAGCAGAUGGGUCGCCAAUACCGUAUUGUUCGCCCCGAUGCUACAGAGGAAGAGGUCCAAGCCGCAGUCGAGGACACCGGCAACGGUCAGAUUUUCAGCCAGGCUCUGAUGCAGAGCGACCGCCAGGGCCGUGCUCGUGCUGCACUGAGCGCAGUCCAGGACCGACACAAGGAGCUGCUGAAGAUUGAGCAGCAGAUGACUGAGUUGUUCCAGCUCAUGCAGGAUCUUGAUACCCUGGUCGUCCAGCAAGACGCCGCUGUUGUGCAGAUUGAGCAGAAGGGCGAGGAGAUUGUCGAGAACCUCGACAAGGGUAACGAGGAGAUUGCAGUGGCUGUCACAACUGCCCGAGCCACCAGGAAGAAGAAGUGGAUUUGCCUUGGUAUUGUUGUUGCCAUUAUUGUCAUCGUCGUCAUCAUUGUCCUCAUUUACAUCUUUGUUGUCCGAGGAACAAACAACAACAAGAAGCGAUCUCUGCUCGAAGAGGUUGCUGUACCGGCUGCUCGUCUCGUGGCUCGUCUGCCCUCAGAGGAUGACAUUGCUGCCCAGUUUGGCCGGAUAGCCAAGGGAAGACUUCACUUGCCUGCUGCACCACAGUAAUGGCUGCAUCUGACGAGAUAUUGGAGACGAGUCUGAAAGAAGGAUGAUUGAGAGAGUGAAAGUGAAUAAGAGGUAUAAAAGGGGCACGCACGCACGCACACACACAACACACACACACGUUUUGACUCCAGUUCCGUUGAAGACACUGUAUAAAAGUAGCUACCGACAUGCGGCAGGACCUUGUGCCUGUAUUUCUUUUGUUUACGCCUUUGGAUUCGGGCGCCACACAAGGGCUAUGACAUUCCGGUGGUUGUUGAACGGGAACGAGCUCUGAGACUUUUUUAUGUUUGUCGAAGUACAAGAGAUGGCUGGUUGGAUUGAUUUUGUUUAGACGCCUUUACCACUGCUUUUUUUUUUUUUUUCGCCAAUACGCUUUUGGUUGCUGGUUUUGGGAAGAACAUUUGGAGUUUAGCAUUUGAGGCGCUCAGCAGAAAGACUUUUUUUUAAUAUCAAAUUUUAAUUAAAUUAUUCUCAUUCUUGCUCAC